AUUUGUUGCUGUCGAUGAAACUGAAUAAAUAAAGCCAGCACGCAAACCUGUAGGAGGGGAUUCUAAUUUACAUACAUACCCUUGUCCUGGUUCCUUUCCCCAACUCCAACUCCAUUAUUGAUCCUUGAGAGGAGGAGGAGACAGAAGCGAAGUUGAGAGAACAAUUCUUCAAUUAGCCAGGCUUGUUUUUUUUUUUACAUCGCGGGUGCUCUCUGAUAUGCUCUAAGCAUGACUUGUGAUGGGGCUAGAUUGAUAGUUUCUUUUAUCUUGUUUGCUGGAAAUAGGGGGGCAAGGAAAGGUAGAUGGCGUCAAAGAGGAUUCAGAAGGAGCUCAAGGAUCUGCAGAAGGACCCUCCUACCUCAUGCAGUGCAGGUCCUGUGGGUGAAGACAUGUUCCAUUGGCAGGCAACAAUAAUGGGUCCAUCUGAUAGCCCAUAUGCUGGUGGAGUUUUCCUAGUCACGAUCCACUUCCCUCCUGAUUACCCUUUCAAACCACCAAAGGUGGCGUUUCGUACCAAGGUGUUCCAUCCAAAUAUCAACAGCAAUGGAAGCAUUUGCCUUGACAUCUUGAAGGACCAAUGGAGUCCCGCACUAACUAUUUCCAAGGUGUUGCUGUCCAUCUGUUCGCUGCUGACUGACCCAAACCCUGACGAUCCUCUGGUUCCUGAGAUCGCUCACAUGUACAAGACGGAUCGGCACAAGUAUGAGAAAACCGCGAGAACCUGGACCCAAAGGUACGCCAUGUAGAAUCUGGUCACUGGAGUCGAUGCCGCUGCAUCAUAUUACUGGACGUGUCUCCUUGUGUGUUCGUGUGCUGUACGAAUCAGAUUGGGUUUGCAGUUCAGUGCACUGUGAUGCUGACUGUUCUAUUGUGUCACUUGAAUCAGUAAUUCUGAAUGUCAAAACUGGUGUUUGGUUGGAA